UUUAUUCUCCUAGUUUUCCAAGUUUUGGUUUCUGAGCGAGCGAGCGAUCGAUCAAAUCUGAUUUUCUCUUUCGUUCAUCGAAUCAUACACGAAUCUCGUUUAUUUUCCGUUCAAAAUCCGUGGGAAUCGAUCCAAUUAUUGGUGGUUUGAAAACCCUAAUCUGAAAAAAUGGGUGGCGGCCAAGAGAAUCGUCCUCCUCCUCCGCAGUAUCAAGGCGGUUGGAAUUCGAGGGAGGCUCCGGUCAUGAAGAAAGGUGCUACAAAUAGAACUGUUUUCAACCCUGUGGUGGCUGAUGAAACUCAACAUACAAAGCAAUUGUCUGCUGUUCCUUCUAAGCCGAGUGCUGGGAACCUCCGGUCGCCUAUUUGCAGCAUCAUGGGUGAUGCAUCCUCCGGCAAAACCAUGCUUCUUCAUUGUAUUCGAGGUAGUAAUGUUCAACAAGGUCAUGAAGCUUGCAGUUUCACACACUAUCCUGCUCAGGAAAUCCGUGGAAGAAGUCUACUUGUUAUUGAUGCCCCAUGCCACCAAUCAUUCAAGCGUUCAGGUCUAUGUGAUAUCGCAAUUUUGGUUGUAGACAUUAUGCAUGGCAUACAGCAACAAACUAUAGAUUCACUCGAUCUAUUAAAAAGGACCAACACAGACUUCAUCAUUGUCUUGAAUAAGGUGGAUAGGAUUUGUGCCUGGCAAACAUGUCGCAAUGCUCCAAUUCGUGAAGCAUUGAUGCAGCAGUAUGCGAGUGCUAAAUAUGAGUUUCGUAGGAGGGUCGUUAAGAUUGUUUCUCAGUUCAGGAUGCUUGGCGUAAAUGCUCAAUUGUAUUAUGAAAACAAUACAAUGGGAGAAACAUUCAGCAUUGUGCCGACAAGUGCAAUAAGUGGUGAAGGAAUCACGGACAUGUUAUUUCUAUUGUUUGGUUGGACCCAAAAGACCAUGAUCGAGAAACUUACUUACAGUGAAGACGUACAGUGUACUGUUUUGGAAGUCAAGGUUAUUGAAGGCUAUGGAACUACUAUCGAUGUUGUUUUAGCUCAAGGUGUUCUUCGUCGUGGUGAUCAAAUAGUUGUGUCUGGAAUGAAGGGUCCAAUUGUUACUACAAUUCGAGCUUUAUUGACACCUCAUCCAAUGGAGGAACUUUGUAUUAAGGGAUCAUUUAUGCAUCACAAAGAAAUCAAAGCUGUGAUGGGCGUCAAGAUCACUGCCCAGGGACUUGAACAUGCUAUUGCUGGUGCUAGUUUAUAUUUGGUGAAGCCUGAUGAUGAUUUGGAAUAUGUUAAACAAGUGGCCAUGGAAGAUGUGGAGUCAGUCUUGAGCAGGAUAGAAGGUAGUGGUGAGGGCGUUUGUGUCGAGGCACCUAGACUUUUGAAGAAACUUUAGUUGUUUUAUUUUAGACUGAUGAGUUUGAUUUACCGUUUUAAUUACAUAAGUAUUUCAGGUGUUAUGCGAGUGUUAGUGUUUUAAUUACUUAAAUACUUAAAUAUGUUAAGUUUCAAUAGCAUAAAAGUGUUAUGCAACUAUGCUGUUAUGUGAACUACUAUGCUUGGGAAUUUUAAUUGUGACAUAUAUAUUUCAAGUGUGAUUUAAGUUUUUUUA